GGGCGAGACUAUCCGCGUGCUUGUGUGGAUACUUUCGUUCAUGUCCUUUGGCUAUGCUACUGGAGAAUUUGAGGUCACCGCCGAGCGCCUGGGAACAUACAGGCCUGAAGAGCAUAUCGACAACCCUAAGGACUACGCCGACAACCAAGAUGCCCGGAAGUUCGAUCCUCGACUGCGGGGCCCAGUCUCGGAAGCUGAGCUUGCUGUUGACCCUAACACAGGAAUGAAGAACUACAUUGCCAAUGAGCAAGGUGGAUGGGCAACGUCAGCAGGCUAUGUGAGAUACUCGUUUUCUCGAGCAAUCCACUUUGGUAGGCUGUACACCCACGGGCCUUCAGGUCAACGCGGACGGGAAGAAGAUCUUUGUGAAGCUCUGCGUUGUUUGGGCCAAGGACUCCACUGUCUUGAGGACUACGGAGCCCACACAAACUACACGGAGCUCGUCCUGCGUGAACUUGGGUACAACAAUGUGUUCCCACACGUUGGCACCCAAGCUGGUAUCAAUCUCCGUGGUAAGCACGUCUUCCCGCUCAUUACUGGUACAUUCGGUGGAGUCGAUUUCUUUCAUUCGGUGCUCGGUGAGGCCACAGAUCACAUCAGCUCUGCAGAGAUCGAUCAGAUGGACACCACGCUCUCAGAUGCCUUGACGAGUAACACAAAGGGAGGCGGUUCUGGUGCUCUGGGCGGCCUCACUGAUGUCCUUUCCAAGGUUCCGGGUACAAGUGGCCUUAUUCAGGAAGCACAGGCGCUGCAAGCUUCCUCUGACGCUCAGGCUGCGGCAAACGCUGGCCAUGGGUACCGUUCUGGCGGUUACGACAGCUACAGUUCGCGUGCUGGUGGACAAGAUCAGUUUGGAGUAGCACCCACUUUCGACGCGCCUCCAGGUUCCGUUGGAGGGCCUCCUGGUCCAAAUAUCCCAGGCACCAACACUGAUCCAGCAACGGUCAUCCCGAAGAUCUAUCCCAUCCUGGUCUUCAGGGAUAGGGUCGUUCGCAGCAUCUCGGAGAUUGUUUCCAAGAUCCCAGGACUCGAGAAGCUGAUCGAGUCCAUCACAGAGCGCGUUACUCUGUUCGUGCUCUCUCUCCUCGCGCCCUUCGUCCUCCCCAUCAUCAAGACCGCCUCUUCGCAGCUGAAGAGCGGAUCUUCCGCCGUCGUCGAGGCGGCCGCCAAACAUCAAUUCGAUGUCUGGAACAACCCCGCAUCUACCGACCCUACGCACUCUAUGCUCUCAAAGGACCACUUCUCCAACAUCCUCAACGAGCCUGCCGGCCAAGUCGCAGUCCAGAUCCUGCAAUACGUAGUCCCACGCGUCAUGUACGCAUUCGACCACCCCGACGUACCCGUCGACCAAGUCCUCAACGACUGCGUGAGCGUCUUCCACCACCCUGCGCUGCGCGACUCGCGGUCAGAGGUGCACAACAACAUGUUCAAGGUCGUCAAGGACUGGGCGCACGCCUACCACGGCAAAGACCUCAACGACCUCCUCAGUUCCGAGUCCGUAAAGGCAGGCAAGAACCACAAGGGUGGCGACGACCACGCCGGCCAUGGCGCUGCGGGUCUGCAGCAGUUCCAGGGCCAUGGUGGACACAGUCACGGUGCAGGAAGUAACUACAACUUCGGCGCCAGCCACCAGCAACCCUCAUCUUCCUCCGGCGGCGGCCUCCUCGGCAGCCUGACCUCGCAACUCCCCGGUGGGCUGGGCAACGCAUUCUCCAGCUUCGGCAAGCGCGAGGGUCCUGAGGGCGACUUUUCGAAUCCCUCCGUUGGUUCUGCGUACCAGCCUUCUCCCUCCCCGCAGCCGUCUCCGUGGGGAAAUUUCCAGCCCUACCAGUCCAGCUACGACGGCAGUCAGCCAUACCAGGCACCUGCUGAGCACGCGAAUGCGCAGCCGACGGGCGGGUAUGGAUGGGGCGAGGCGCAGUUUGCGAAUGGGCAGGUGCAUGAGCCGAGUUAUAGUGUGCCGACUGGGUACCAGCAGGGGUAUGAGAACUAUGGCAAUCCGGCACAGCAGCAUGGAGGCAGUGGUGGGUACUCCUAUGAUCAUGGUCAGAACCAGGGACAAGGUGGCGGAAGGCAGUGGGGUGCUGGUGGAGGGAGCUCCGGAUGGUAA